AAUAAUAACAAAUCAACGUCAAAAUUUACUGCAGCAUGGUAGCGUGAUUAUUUGCACUUUUAAUAAGAAAAACAAAAAUUUUUGCCUAAUUAUGUCGGAUUCAUCUGAUAACGAGGACUUAUCUCGCUUCAGAGAAGCUGUGGAUACAUCUUUCACUACACUGAUUGAUCAAUCACGGGGUAAAAAGCCAGAACAAAGCAAAGCAAAAGAGGUACCAGAAUUAAAAUCUGAACGAUAUCUGGAGGUAGCAAGUCACUACAACGAUGUGAAGGUACCAGCAGAGAUGCAGAAGCAGAUUGGCGCCAAAAUAUCAGCGAUAAUUGAUAAGAAGAUAAAGUUUGUGGAUGUUGAAAAUAAUUUUAAGAAAAGGAAAAUCAAGGGUGGUGUAAAAUUAUUUAGGGACUCUUCGGAGUACCUAUCCCAUGAAGACGCUAAGGACACAUACACAGAGUCACACAACGCGGAGGCCAAGAAGCUUCGAAAAAAGAAGAAGGAUACUGAAUACAAUAAUAUGGAUGAGAAUGAAAAACUGAAUGCCACUGUUGUAAGUGGGGAAUAUGUUUUAUCCAAAGAAGAAACAAAAUGUUGGAAAUCACGAAGGAAAGAAAAAAUAUUCAAAUACAAAUCUCAAGGCAAAAGUAAGGUUUUGACUGCUGUAGAAUAGAAUUAGUUUUAAAGUAUCUUUAUGAAGUUUUUGAGGUUUUUGAAUAAACAAAGUCAAGAUAAACAUUGAA